UCGCGUCUCGUCAACGAAACGCCGUCGCAUGAUCCACAUCCCGCCCUCUCCAUCUUGCUCGACGUCCGCACUCCUCGACUCUCAGCUCUCCGUUCGCGUGCGCGUCGCGUCUCUCUCCGUUCGCUCGCCUUUCCUCGCCUCACUCCACACCGCCUCCUCUUCCACACUCGCUUUGCGUCACAUCCGUGUGGAAUAAUAAUACUGUUUGUGUGCGCAAGCAGCGAGCUCGCGACAACAAGCAGCAAGAGCUCUACGCGUGCAUCUCUCAUAUUCAGUCAGACAAGAUGGCAACAGCAGCGAGACCGAAACUGACCGUCCAAUCGGCUCUCGACUUGGGAGACGAAGAGAAGAGGAGAGAGACGAGGAAAGAAGAGACGAGUGUGAGACGUGAGGUGGCUGAUAUGAGGAGUCAACGCGAUGAGGCGCUGCAGCUGGCGAAUGAAUGGAAGGGGAAGUUUGAGUUGAUGAAGUCGGAGUGUUCGCAGGUGAGGAAGCAAGCGGACGAGCUUCAGAGGAGGAAUAACGAGUGUCAAGCGAUUAUCGUGCGUUAUGAACAGGAAAUCGAGAGAGUGAGAGGAAAGGGGGAGAGAAGGGAGAGAGAGAUGGAUGGCGUGGAUGGUAAACGCGAGUUGAGAGUGCAUACGAGAGAUGUGGCUGUGCGUAAUCAGGAAGUCGAGCGACUGCGAAAGACGACGGAGAGAUAUGAAGCUCGGAUAUCGGAGUUGGAGUGUCAGCGUGAGGAGCUGGUGGAGAGAAUCGAGAUGUCAACCAACAGAGAGGCUGAAUUGGGUCGCGCAUUGGAGGCGGAACAGCAAGCGAAGGAGAAGGCAAACUCAAGGAAUAGAGCUCUUUCGCAGCAGAUUGCUGGGCUGCACGAUCGAUUCGAGAAGUUGUCACAUGAUCGAGUUAAUCCCAAUGACGAGAGCGAGCGGUUAAGACGAGAAUAUCAGAUGGCAAAAGAGGAGAAUGUCAUGACAUGGAAACGAUACACCGAGGCGGCACACGAGAGAGACCGAGUGUCGAAGGAGUUGUAUCGUGUUAUUGACAAACUGAGUGUGGCGACCGAGGAGCUGGAUGUGAUGAGUGUGAGACUGAAAGAUGAGCAGACGAUGAGACAAGAGUUAGAGAAGAGAAUGGUCGAUAGAGUGGCACAAGGAGGGGAUGCAGGUACAGACAGCAGUAUGAGUGGACGUUAUGAUGGAGCAAACAAACAGGUCAAGAAAGAUCUCGAGUUUGCAAUCGAAAGCUACAGAUCGACGUUGAAACAGAGAGACUCCGUACUGGAAGAGGUCGGUCAACUUCGAAUGGAGAACGAAGUGCUAACCAACCAAACGCGGAUACGAACUCAAGAGCUCGACGAAUUGAAACAAAAGUACAACAACGUAAAGAUCAAAAUGUUUCAUCUUAAUGGAAUGGUCCAACGACUGAGAGAAGUUCAACCUGAACUGGUCAAGGUUGUUGUGCCGUUCGACAAAGAGUUGGGUGUUUUAUUGGAGACGUACGUCCAUGUGAGAGAAGUCCAGCCCAAUAGUAUAGGAAGCAAACGUGGCAUAAUACCUGGAGACAUUGUAUUACAGGUCUCUGGUCAAUUUUUAGCUAACUUGAGUGUUGCCGAAGUCGGUCAUCUGAUCGAAUCGUCUCACAGUGAAUUGACUCUCUUGUUGAAGCGACAGCCUACCGCUCGACUUGACGACGUCAUGGUGAACGAACUAACAAUAGACGCCAUGUCACUGCAAACACAGGGUGAGAGCAAGUCACUGGACAGCUACAGACCCAAUGCAACAUUGAAGAGAAAAGAUGUUGGUACGACAAAAGUGUGGUAUGGGUCUGGUAGCUCGCUGACUACGGGAACGAAGUAUUCGGAGGUUGCGUCUUUGCUUUCGACGCCCACGUUUCUUGAUGGACCAUCUCAUGUGGCAAGAAAGCAUGAACGGGAAGUCGUUAUAAUGCCGCCAUCUUUGAAUUCGACUUCGGAAGGUCAGGGGUUAGUCGUGCAGUUAAAAGGUGGAAAUAUGGUGGGCAUAUUCAUUGCUCAUGUGAGAAAAGACGGACCAGCGGGGGGUAAACAUGGUCUGAAGAAAGGAGAUCAACUGUUAAAGGUAAAUGAGUGUGCAAUGACUGCAUGUACAUUAGAAGAAGCAUACGCCACGUUUCUGAAGUCAAUGCUGUUAGGCCCCGUCAAGCUCGUAGUAUCAAGAGACACCAAAAAAUAUCGAAGCCUUGCUGUACCAUACGACUCAUUCUUUGUUCGGUGUAACUUCAACUACGACGGUAGUGCUGUGAAUGAAAUGAGUUUUGGUAUUGGCGACGUGAUGCAUAUCACCGAGUCGGCGCCAGCGCACUUUAAGGAGUCGUGGAUGGCGCGGAGAUUAGGAGUGGACGGAACACAAGCGGCGUUCGGAGCCGUUCCGAAUGAAAUAAGAGCUCAGGUAUAUUUGAGAGCAUCUGGUCAAUUUUCAGCUGAUCAUUCUAUGUUGGCGUACGAAAGGAUUGAUCCGUCGCAAGUGGCGGGAGUCAAUAGUCAUGUGUUAGACGGCCGAAACAGUGCAAGUACAAGAGAGCGUACAGCAAGCUUGUUGGGUGAUCAAUCAUCUCUCCAUGAUCGAUUGUCAGCUCAUGAAGCACGGCCAGGCUGUCUACCAUCUCACAUCACAGAAGAACUGUGCCAACUUCUUGACAGAGACAGUCCAACAGAAAGAAAUUGGCGCGAUCUCACUGUCAUGUUAGGACUAGGAGAUUCCAUCCCUGACUUGGCUCAACGAUCCAAACCAAUGGCAGAGGUCUUAAGAGCUUGGCGAGAGGGAAGAGGUGAGAAGGGCUCGGUGGAGUGGCUCGUAAAGGCUUUAUUUCGAAUGGGAAGAGUGGACGCUGCUGUGUUGUUAGAGCCAUUUGCUGAGCAUUCAAUCAGUGUUGACACUGGCACAAGAAGUAUGGUAGUCGGGAUGACUAAUGUGUGACUGCUAGAGUCUAAUUGUGGGCGAUGUACAGCAACAUGCAGAGUUUUAUGUGAAAUUGGCAUUUAUAGUUGGUUCAUGUACACAG